GCAACAUGGUGACCAUGCACGAUGUGCUGGACGCCCAGUGGCUAUUUGAGAACCACCGAGACGAGGAGUACCUGCGCCGAGCCAUCCAGCCUCUAGAACGCCUACUGGUCAGCCACAAGCGCAUUGUCAUGAAGGAUAGUGCGGUGAAUGCAGUGUGCUAUGGUGCCAAGGUAAUGCUGCCUGGAGUGCUGCGCUACGAAGAUGGCAUCGAGAUCAACGAGGAGGUCGUUGUCAUCACCACAAAGGGUGAAGCUAUCUGUCUUGGUAUUGCACUGAUGUCGACGUCUACCAUUGCCACGUGUGACCACGGCAUUGUAGCCAAAAUCAAGCGGGUUGUCAUGGAGCGGGACACUUACCCUCGCAAGUGGGGACUUGGACCAAAUGCACUGAAGAAGAAGCAGAUGAUCAAGGAUGGCAAGCUGGACAAGUACGGCCGACCCAAUGAGAACACGCCCAGUGGAUACGAGGAGGGAGCACCGUGAGUGCUGCCGUUCUCA